AUGGACAUGGAACUUGAUUUUGCAAAUUUUUACUGCCAAGAAGAUGUUCCUAACAUCAUUAAUGAUAAAAUUAGCCACAACGAUAGCGAUUUUGACGAUGAUGAUGAAGACGAAAAACGCCACCAGCGCUUUAAAAAUGAAAAGCGUCCAUCAAUCAUAGUGAAUUUCGAUCGUGCAAGGAUGGAUUUAGCAUUACAAAAGAAAACGAAAGAAUCUAGCAAUAAUAAUUUGGCUGAUGUUGAGACUUGCAAUGCUUUUGGAAUUUGUAAAACCGUAGCAAAACAAAAAUCAAAAACUUCAUCUACAUCUGCCACUAAUGCUACUGAAAAUAUAUCUACCCAAGCUAUGCAACAAAGCAGAAAACGUAAGAUAUCUUCUUUCUCGCCCGAUAACGAAAAGACACAAAACAAAUUAUCAAUAUUAUCCAGGAUCAAGUUUUCAAAGCAAAUCAAAUCAACUUCUCAGUCUUCUAUUUUUUCACGACUUGGAUAUGUUAGCUCAAUUCCUGAAAAUAACGCUAUUUCACCUAAUGACUCAUUGGCAAAUGUAUUGUAUUUGCCUACUUCCAAGAAACUAAAAGUAUCAUCUUUUAGUCGGGAACAAUCAUCUAAACAGUUACUUUUCAAUGAAGAUUCAUUUGACCAUCAUGAAGAUGAUUUUGGAUCAGAAGAGAUCGCAAAUUCUCAAAUCCAUGUUUCAUUAGAAAAAAUAAAAAUCGGAAUACUUGGUUACUCGAAUAAAUGUUCGGCAACGUUUGAUUCGAAAAAUGGAGCUUUGACAUUAUUUUUGGAUGAUGAAAAACAUAAAGUCGAUUUCAAGAUUAAUUGCAUUGGGCAAGUUUUACGGCAAAAAAAUAAAAUUUUGUUGUUGUUGAAGCCAAAUAGUAAAAGUUUUAUCUCCCCGAUACGGGAAUUUUUUCCUGACGAGAUUCGAGUAUCUAUUGAUUGGAUAAAACCAUCAUCCAGCUUGACAAAUAUUGAGUUAUUCGUAGAGAAUUUGGAUUCUGAAUAUGAGACACAUUCAUUCGAAGAAAGCUUGAGAAACGCCUUGACAAAGCACAAUCUAGCAGCAGACUUGAAACCAAUAAAUUUUUCUGAGAUUGUGUUCUUACUCGAAUUCCAAAACAAAAAUCACUUAAUCUCAAUUAACACUGCCGUAACCCUACCAAUCUUCGUCAAAUUAUUGCAGGAAAGAUUGAAUUCAAAGUACAUUGAAAUUCCAUUUAUAUAUCCAUAUUCGAGGAAAGGAAAUUUGUAUAUUGAUUCAGAAAAAGACUGGAAUUAUUGCAAACAGUCGGCAAUUUCGGCGCAGGCAUAUAAUCCAUUUGAUGUUUUGACUUUGAGAAUUUUGGAAUAUCUAUAUUGA